AUGAAGGUUUCUAGAGCAAAGAGGCUAGAUCAUGAUGCACUCUCGAAAGCGCUGAGCCAGACGUUGUGUGGACUCUGUGGAGGCGGUUUGAGAGAGCACAAAGCCUUAAGUCCCAUGGGACAAGAGCUAGAAUCACGGGCAAGGAGUUUCUGCGACACUAACGGUGAACUGUUGAGGAAAGCAAAGUAUAUUCGCAGGACAUUUGAAUCUAUAGCGGUCCGGAUCCAGAUGAGAAGUUCAGGUGGUCAAGUCAAGGAAACUGUAAAUUCUGGCCCUGCCACGAUGGCACCAUUUUUUUGA